AUGCCCAAAGGAAAAGGAGGUGGCAACAAAGGUGGGCCGUCGUCUUCAUCUGGAAAAAAAGGUGACGCCGCUGAGGGUUCUUCUAAGGCACCAGCGAAGGGUGGCAACUCGGUUAAGGGACUUGAGCGCGGUGGCGCUUUUUUUACAGAAAAACGACCGUCUUUGCUGUAUCCUCUCCAGGUUCGGCACAUUCUCUGUGAGAAGCAGAGCAAGGCUCUGGAGGCCAUCGAACAGCUAAAAGCCGGCCAGAAGUUUAACACAGUGGCAGAGAACUACAGCGAGGACAAGGCCCGUUCUGGCGGUGACUUGGGUUGGAUGACGCGUGGAUCUAUGGUGGGUCCAUUCCAGGAGGCAGCUUUCGCACUUACGCCUUCUACAGUGGACAAGCCAGUCUACACCGACCCUCCAGUGAAGACCAAAUUCGGUUACCACGUCAUCAUGAUCGAGGGAAGGAAGUGA